AUGGAGGAGGAACUAGAAAGGGCUUUGGACACGAGGGAUCAUCGAAAUUGGAGACGUCUGGGAGAAAUUCACUUAAUAGAAGACAGUGGACAAAUAUUCUUCUCACUAGUUCAUGUUGCGCAAAUCGCUACGCAAGGAAAGCUGUUGUUCUGGGGUGCUAAGAUUAACAGUCUUAUUGACAAGGGACAAUUUUGGAGGCUGGCCACUUCUUCCCUUUUGCAUGUAAACAUUUGGCACCUCAUGGUUAAUUGUUAUUCUUUGAAUUCUACUGGUCCUACCAUUGAGAAUCUUAGUGGUCCGAAAAGAUAUCUUGCAGUUUACUUCACCUCUGCAAUUGCAAGUUCGGCAAUGAGUUACUGGUUCUGCAGAUCACCUGCAGUUGGUGCCUCGGGAGCCAUCUUUGGAUUAGUUGGAUCUCGUGCAGUGUUUGUCUUAAGACACAGAAGCAUGAUCGGAGGUGGCAAAGAAGAUCUACAGAAUAUAGCAAAAGUGAUAUUCCUCAAUAUGAUGAUCGGUAUGCUAAUGAAAGGCAUCGAUAACUGGGGACAUUUGGGAGGCUUGCUUGCUGGAAUUGCCACAUCUUGGUUCGUUGGACCUGCAUGGAAGUAUGAUCCCCAGUUCAAUGAUGGUCGAGGAGUUUUCGUGGACAAGGCACCAAUCAGGAAUCUCCUAUUUCUGCGAGCUCCUGUUUUAUUCCUACAAGAUCUUGCUGUUGCACAGCAAAGCAAAAGAUCUUUUCAGAUCAAGACUGGUUUACAUCUUUUGACAAUAGUUUAA